CACGUUUCUGUUCUGCAAGCAAUCAAGUUCACCGACCUUUGUGCAAACAGUUACUAUGAAUAAUCUUCGCUGCUGCGACAACGGUCUGCUGCUGGCGAUUGCUUCGUAGGCGCGAGCGAGCGACGACUGAGUGCGAUUACUUAAACACUAUGGAACCUCAACCACAAGAAGGAAUGGAUGCGCAGCAAAAUAUCCAGCAGCAGCUGCAGCAGCAGGCGGAGCUGCCGCAGCAGGAGCAGUGGCAGGAACAGCAGCAGCAGCAGACCGUUCUCAGCAACGGAGGUCACCUGGCCAUCGAUGUUCCUCCGCCGCUCGCAGAAGGACAAGAGUCCGCCAUGACGCCCACUAUGGUGCCCAUGCCGAUGAUGAUGAUGAUGCCCGGCACAUUCCCACAGCAGCAGGAGAUGCCCCAAACGGGGCCUGUGAUGAUGAUGGUCCCAGCAGAGGCCGCACCCACCCUUUCACCCACCUCCGACGGCACACAGCUAUCCCCCACUAUCGGAGCCGUUGUCGGUACAAACGGCACCAUGUUCAAGGUACAAGAUGGAGACCACAACCGCGCGCGUCUGAAGAAGGAGCUCUGGCUGAUCCUGCGCCUGGCGCUGGGCUGCAACGAGGACGAGGAGGCUAUCGACGCCCUCAUCAAGAAUGCGCAAGGCAAGGGCGAAAUGGAAACGCCGGACAAGUCCCUGAUCACGCACCCGCACGUUUGGGGGCGCUGGCUGCUCCGUGCCAAGCUAGACUCGGAGAAGAACGGCACGCGCGCCGAUGACGGCAAGCUUACCGGCACUGACGGCAUGGUGUGCCGCGAGAUCAUCUGCAGCUGUGAGCUGCUAGUGGACAACCCCAUGCCUGCAGACAUGGGGCCCCACAACUACAGCAGCGGCCUGAACCUGGGAGAGAAGGCGGCGGCCAUGGCGCAGUUCGCCUCCAUGGUGGACUCGCUGCGCGACCCCUGCCACCCCCGCCACUACACGCGCUUCCGCGCGAACGCACUGUCCAUGGCGGCUGCUGGCGAUGUCAACAAGCAAGGCAAGCCCGAGCUGCUGGAUAUGGUCCUCAAGCACGUCACUCCGCUGGUGAAGCUCAAGAACCAGAACAAGGACCUGUCUGUCCCGGCAACCUGGUGCACGCGCACGGACGGUGGGGCGACCGCUGAGGGGCAGCCAAUGGCGGCCACCUACGGCAGCUUCAGGACCAAUAGCGGGGUCAACGGAGAGGCGGAGGACAGCAACGCGUUCGCUUCAGUCGCGAGCCAUGGCCUGCAGAUUGGCGAGAACCAGGACUCGGGCCGCUACUGGACCAACACCCUCCUGGGAGGCUGCAUGUCCUACGUGACGCCGCUCGCCUCGGCUGUGCUCAGCGGGCAGCUCGCCAACGUCAAGGCCAUCGUGGAGCGGACGGAUGAGUACCUAUCCAGUGGCAUCCGGAGGAACGGGCCAGCGGCAGGCGAAGAAGCCGCCGCCGGCGGCAACAGCGACCCUCUGGGUGAUUACGCAAACGAGCUGUGCACGCACGGCGGGUUUGUGUUCACGCCGCUGUCUAUCAUGCCCGCCUCACGAGUGGGCGGCCGGAGCACCCCCGAGGCCGUGGUCCGCCUGCUGCAGUACUACGGAGCCGUCAUGCCCAGCUUCAUCUCGGCGAUGGGCACCGAAGAAAUGUACACCACCGCCUUAACGUCGGUCUUCGCGCGCACGCUGGUGCUGCCUUUCAUCCUGCGACUGGACGCAUGCCUGCCGGCGGCGGCUGGGAUGUACGGCCCCGCGCUCGGAGAGUACGCCUACCUCGCCAGCUCUGUGCUCAGCCCCGACCUGGCCGCGGAGUUCCCUUGGGGCCAGGCCGCCACGGAUCCCGCCGCCGGCGACAACGGGGGCUCAGACUCAACAUCCGUUUACGAGAACCCAGCAGGAGACGUCGAUGGCAUAUUGCUUGACGGCGAUGGCGGCGGCGGUGCGCCGCCCAGCGUGCCGCCCUCCGCGCCGCUGCCCAAGCAAGGUGACACAGCUUCGUCGGCUGUGCUGGAUCAGGCGGUGGAGAUUGAGGCCGACACGCGCGCCAGCCGCCUCAGUCGCGCCGAUUUAGACCGCACCAGCCGCCCGCUCAGCGUUCCAAACAUGCCUGAAAACCUUCGACUGGGCAACGCCACCAGCCGCCGGCCCUCGGCACGCUGGGAAUCCUCCAGCGACGCCGAUGACGCCAGCUGCAAUGGCGGCAGCGAUGACGAGCAGGGCAGCGAGGCGGAGGAGCCCUCGCCGACCCAGGACGCGUGGAACCAGCUGCAUGGCCUGGCGGCGCUGUUGGACGCAAUCGCGGCCCAGUGCAUGGCGCUGCCGCUCGACAAGGCACUGGCGGGUUGCACCGUGCCCAUCCUGUCAACGGCACUGGACGUCAGUCACUUCUGCGCCACCAUCUCCCACGUGAUCUUGGCAACCGUGCGCAGCAAGCUGAAGCUGCAAGAGAAGGAGAAGAAGGAGGACGAAGACGCACCUCCGGCUGAGGGUGCCGAGCCCAACAACGGCGACGGCCCGAAGAAGAAGCCCAAGAAGAAGGAGAUGGUGCUGGUCAUUAAGGAGCUGGAGGAUCCGGAGGGUGGCGCCGCCAAGUACGACGUGCGGGCGCAGGGCGCUACACUGCUGCGGCUCGUGAACCGCAUCCACCAGGCCUGGGCCGUGUACGGCAACUGGCAGCGGCACACCAAUGAUAACUCCAACAGCUAUCGUCUGUUCCGCGAUACGGAGGCGUCAGUGAUCCUCAGCAGCUGCGGACGCUACGAAGAUCAGUUCAAGGCGGUGCUGGACGCCGGCGUGACCCAGACGUCGCCGGGAACCUUCGUCAUCUUCCCCAAUGGCGCGAUUGGGGCGGUGCCCCUGUGCAACAAGCUAGCUCUGCUCACGGACCUGUUCGCGGACGGCGCUGUCAUGGAGUGCAACCCCACGCGCGAUGACACUGAGUGGUUCCAGGCGCGCCCGCAAACCGUUGGCGGUUGGGAGAAGGACCAGUUGGCCUUCUACCCGGGCCAGCGGCUGUCUGCCCUCACGAGCAUCCUCACGCGUUUCCCACGCGGCAGCGACUACAUCCGCCGCACGCUGUCGCGCAUGCCCAUCCCCCUACUCCAGGCCAUCAUCCUGGCUGAGGAUGACUCGGUGGCGGCACGGGAGCAGCGCGCCGCCGUCAUUAAGAAGAUGGACAUGUACCGGAUGGUGGAGCGGCAGCUCAAGCUGAACGGCGACAGCGUCUCCUCCCUACGGCUGACGUUGGCGCUCAACCUGGAGACGGUGCUGGACGUGCAGUGCAACAGUGACAUGGUGAUUGACAGCGAGUCGCUCGCCAAGGCGGAUCAGGUCAGCAUCGGCCUAGCCUCGGAUGAUGAGAGCAACCCCAUCCUGCAGCACCCGCGCUUCUUCAAGUGGAAAACCAAGGACUACAAGAACUUCGUGAGCGCCGCGAGCGACCUGGCAGCCAAGAUGUCGUCUCCCAUCGCCGGCAUUCUGGCGCUGAAGUUUGCGCUGCUGUCCGGCAAGCGCAGCUACGUGUCGCGGGUGUGCCGCUACAUCCAGGACGGCCACGUGUACAGCCCUGUGCUGCAGGCCAUGCUCAAGGAGCUGGCGCAGGAGCAGCCGUCGCAGGCUGCCACUCUGCUAUGCAACGUGCCGUUCAUCUACGAGGACAGCAUCACCAUUCGGAUUCCCAGGGAGCGUUUGGGCAGGGGCUGGGAGAUGUGGUUUACGUCCGACCAGGCGCCGCCCCCGGCACUGAAGCCGGAGGACCCCUUCGAGCGCACGCGCAUGGGGUCGGAGAAGCUGAACAAGGAGUCGGAGCGCCGGGUGUAUUCGUGGCAGAACUGGGUCGACUGGCUGGCAUCAGGCUUCCUGCACGGUGACUACGCCCUGUGGGCCUACACCAUGCUGGGCCCCGGCUGCAUGCUAUUGGCUGUGGUCUACGUAAUCCUCUGGGCCAUCUCCUGGGGCAUUGUGGCGGCGUGGAGCUAUUGCUUCAAGUUCAUGUUCAAGGAGGCCCGGCGCGGCUGCCGCCAGGCCUGGAUCACGACCGCGGCCUACAUUAGAACCAUGGGCGAGCUGGGACAGGCGUUCGCGAAGCAGCCCGGCGGGCAGCUGCCCGAGUACCGGCCCAUCUACACACGCCACUACAAUGAGCUCCGCGAGAAUGUAAAGAAGAAGUUGGCUGAGGCGCGCCGCAACACCAGCAAGGGCGCGGCCGCAGGCGCGGUGCUGUCGGUGUACAGCGUGCCGCUGCAGGCGUCCACCGUGGGCGACAUCCGCUCGCUGGAGAACCUCGUGGAGGGCAGCGGCGUCCACCCCAGCGCGUUCGCGUGCCCGGCUGUUCGCGCCAUGGUCAACUACCGCUGGCAGAUCUUCACCGGCAAGCUGCUGUACUUCAUGCUGUACGAUCACCUCGUGUACAUGGGCUUCUUCCUUGCCUACGCCCUCACGCUGAACGCCGAGCUCACAAGCACGCAAGCCUGUGCCGCCUGCGAGGACAUCGGCGCCUGCCCACAGCCGAACCCAAAGUUUCCUGAGACAUGCACCGUGCAGUGGGGUGACUGCAUUCAGCUCACGCCCACACGCCAGGGCCUGCUAGCCAUGAUCUUCAUCCUCACAACCAGCUAUAUUUACCAGGAGGUCCGGCAGGUCAAACAGAAUGGGCUCCGCGAGCUGACGCGGCCCUGGAACGUGCUGGACAUGGCGUCCAUCUUCCUGGUCAUUGUGAUUUUCUUCAAUGGCGUGCGCGGGUGCAGUGGCUACCCUGCCCUGCAGCGAAACGCGUGUGCCGUGGAGGUGAUCAUCCUGUUCUUCCGCCUGCUCUACUUCAGCAUGGCCAACCCCCAGAUGGGCGCCUUCGUGAGAAUGGUCAUCGAGGUGGUCAAGGACCUGCUUUACUUCUUCAUCUUCCUGGGCAUUAUCUGGCUGGGCUUCGCUUGCGCAGUCCUCUCUUUCCAGCCGGACGGUGGUGCCGCAAACUACGAUUCCGACGUCGUCACCCGCUUCUGGACGUUGAUCUUCGGAGGCUACGACGGCUCGGAUGCUCGACAGCCCAAGGACGGCUCAUACAACAGCCCCGUUGCCACCAGUGUCCUGUCUCGCAUCUUAGCCGCACUGUUCAUGGUCGUGGUGUAUAUCAUCCUUCUGAACCUGCUGAUCGCCAUCAUCAAUGAGACGUAUGACAAAAUCCGUCAGAACGAGGAGGUGGAGGCGAUCAGGAACAAGGCCAUUAUCAUUCUGGAGACAGAAUCGGUUGUUCCGGAGUGGCUACGCAAGAUGCGCGACCGCACGUUCAAGCUUGACAGCACCGGGCAGUCGCAGUGGCUGCAUUUCAUGACGGCGGACGCGGAUGACGAUGAUGAUGAGCAGGAGGAGGAGUGCGUGAACGACCAGGGCUUCAUGGUCAAGGGACGCUUCCGCUACUUCGAUGACUUCAGCAGCCAGAACGCCGACGCGUGGCGGGGCCGUGUGCGCGAGCAGCGCGCCUUCAUCUCCAAGAAGUCGGACCAGGUCAUGGCAUCGGUGCGGCAGCUGCGCGAGGAGAUGGACACCAACAUGGGCUACAUGCUCUGGGUUCAGGAGCAGAUCAUGGAGAGGCUGGAUGACGACAUGUAGGUGCCUGAAUCGAUGGCUACAGAAGCAUCAGAAGCUGCGGUGUCUGCUCUGACGUUUGGGUAGAAGCUGAGGUGGCUAGAUGUGCAGAGAGUGUGUGUGACUGUGUGCCGGCCUGCUGGCCAGCACCCAUGAAUCUGGAAAGAAUAACCGAGCUAGUGCGCAGUGAGCGUUACUUUCUUUACAUCUGUGGAUCAGUGACUGGUGUCAGAGAUGCGACUGAGCUCUGUGAUGCGCAGGGGAGGCGGUGGUGAUGCAACUAAAUUAUUGCAUGGUUAGGGAACAGCCGCGUUAAGGCGUGCGCGCUUACCUGUGCGUUAGUAGGGUUGUGGAGUUGGAAGGUGCAAUGAAAGGACUCUGCUCUACUUUCGUGAGCUGUCUUGCUACGGGAUGCACACAUCUAGCACGAGUGCAGCACGCAUGCUGUAAUCUGGGCGGCAA